AUGAACGACAUCAAGAGCAACAGAGAACUGUAUCAGCAAUACACAGCCUUGGCCCCCAGGCUGCUGGCCCGCAUCUCCAAACUGCUCAUCAUUUGCCGAAAUGCAGGCAUUUCUGUACCUAAGGGCAUCAGGAACAUCUUUGAGUUCACUUGGGAGGAACUCACUGCCGACCCCAUGGUACCUACUGCGUCUGACAUCCUGGGCCUGGAGAUCAGCAUUGGAUCCCCACCUGUGGUGCUUAUGGAAUCAACCUCCAUGCAGGCCCCUGUCCAGAAGAAGGCACCCCCACCAGUACUACCACCUCCGUCACUGCCCACACCCCCUGGGCCCGCCAGCUUCACCCGCUCUCCCACCCAUGGCCAUCUGGUGCACUCUAGCCGGGAAAUCCUGCAGAAAUUCCAGCGGCGGUCCAUCCACCUGCUGACAGAGCUGCUCACCCUGAAGAUGAAGGCCAUGGUGGAGUCUGUAUCUGUAGGUGCCAAUCCUCUGGACAUCACAAGACGCUUCGUGGAGGCCAGCCUGCUCCUCCACGUCAAUGCCAAGGAGAUGGCUCUUGACUACCUGAUCAGCACAAUUGGAAAAAGUAGCUAUGGUGCCGGACAGACAGGGAAAGAUUCCUCUGUGAGUACUCCAACCAUGGGUGUGAACUCACCUUACCAGCUUGUCUACAAGUCAUCUACUGGCUGUCUGAGCUUUUCCCUCUCAACUGGAAGGGAAGUCAAGAAGAAAACAGGCAGAUCAAAAAACUUCGAAGACAUAACCAUGUCACCCCUCCAACGAGGACUCGGAAACUCUGCCUCUAACAGUAUGGAGUUCAGCGACCCCUGCCCUGAGGCCCGAGAGAAGCUGCAGGAGAUGUGUCGCCUUAUAGAAGCUGAAAGGGCCUCGUGGAAAGGGAGGAAUUUCUCCUACCCCAUGAUCUUUCGCAACUACAGGGCAAAGAUGCCCUCUCAUCUAAUGUCAGCCCCGAAAGGGGACGCUCAGACCCCUCACCCUCCAGGUGCUCAGACUUCCACUCCCACCCCUCACCAGCCUCCUGCCCACCAACAGCCUCACUUCAGCCAACAUUCUCAGGAGUCUAAGACAUCCAAGAAUGUCAUCAAGUUGCAUUACACCUUCUGUGAUGGGUCCUCCUUCGUGUACUAUCCUUCUGGAAAUAUUGCCAUGUGUCAGAUCCCCACGUGCUGCAGAGGGAGAACCAUCACCUGCCUCUUUAAUGACACACCCAGCUUCUCCUUUCUGGCUCUGUUCAAUGCUGAAGGCCAGGGCUGUGUUCACUACAACCUGAAGGCCCGUUGCCCAUUUGUCUUGGUCUUGGAUGAGGAAGGUGGGACCACCAAUGACUACAAGGGCUACGUAGUCCACAAGUGGAGCUGGACUUCCAAGACAGAGACUUUGCUCUCCCUGGAAUAUCAGGUGAAUGAACAAAUUAAGCUGACAGUUCUGAGCCAGGACUCCAUCAUAGUCACCUUCACCUCCCUAAAUGAGACAAUAACACUCUCUGUUUCAGCCAACAAUUGUCCGCAUGGAGUAGCGCAGGAUAAACGGCUGCUGACCCGCAUGGACGACAAGAUGUCUAAGAUGAGCCGAGCCCUAGUGGGGAUCAAGAAGCGGUUUCAAAAGACAGUGUCACAGUUUAUGAAUUCUGUCUUGUUGGCAGCAGGCCUAUUCACCAUAGAAUACCCGGUUAAGGAAGAGGCACAAAGCAAUCGAACCAAGGUAAAAUCGGGUACCUAUGUCGAGCGAGGCCCCAAGCCAAGUUUAUACUCAGGAGAAGUCCUUUUAUUACGAUCUCGGUCAGCCCGACCUGAAUCCUCAGUUGGAGAGUCUUCAAGGGAAGAGCAUGGGUCCGUUUCCGUGAGCCCCACUUGGAGGAAGACCAUCAAGACCCAAGCCAAAGCCAUGACCACACCCAGGGGGAAGGCCCAAGAGGUGCGCAGCCCCACCAGGUGGGCAGCCUCGCCCUCUGACUGCCCGCUGGUGCUGCGGAAGCUCAUUCGCAAAGAAGACAUUAGGGCUGGCUGCAAGUGCCUGGUGAAGGCACCCCUGGUAACUGAUGUGGAGCUGGAGCGCUUUCUGUCUGUGCCCCGCGACCCCAGCCAGGUACUGGUGUUCGGGAUAGUCUCAAGCCAGAACCCCACCAGUACCGCACAGCUCCAGUGGAUGCUGGACACACUCUACAGCCACCGGCAGCAAGGCCGUGCCUCACCCUGCAUCCAGUGCCGGCAUGACCCCUACCGCCUGCUACGGUAUGACCUGGACAGCGCCCUGCAGAAGAACCCACCACUGCUGGUGAAGAAGUAUGCUGUGGUGCAGGGGAUGGUUCUGAUGUUUGCUGGGGGAAAACUCCUUUUUGGAGGCUGCAUUUUGAAUGGAUAUGGCUAUAGCAGGCAGAAUCUGCUGAAACAGAUCUUCCAGGCUCGACAAGACUGCAAGAUGGGCUACUUCCUGCCAGACAACUACAAAUUUAGCAUUUCAACCUACAUCCCGGGCCUGGAAGACCCUGACUCAGUCAAGAAAACAAUACCAGAAGACAUCCAAGGAAGCUUCUCCUCUCUGACCAUGGCGGACCAGAUGGAGGAGUCCUCCCCUGAAGCUGAGAAAAUGAAACAGCCUGAAGUGUUUCUGCAUACUCUCAGCAAAGCCAAGAGAGGCAGUAAGAAGUCGGCCAUCUGGAAAAAACAGCCCUCCAAGAAAUGA